UUCUUUUCUGAUUUUUCCUUCUUUAUCUCUUUCUCUCUUUUGCUUUCCACUAGCUUUGCAACAACCAACAAUAUACCAAUAUGUUGUCUCGUAUAGCUACCAGAUCUAGAGGCGUCAUUACACGAUUGCCCGUACAGCGCCUUGCUGUCAGACAACAACCUUCUAUUGUUACUAGACCGUUUGUUCGAUUCCAACACUCAACUCCACCUGCCUUAGCUAAAAUUGCACCACUAGACACCUUCCCUCGUCGUCACCUUGGUUCUCAAAAGAAAGAAAUUGAUGAGAUGUUGAACCAGUUAGGCAUGAAGAACAUUGAUGAAUUACUCUCCAAAACCAUUCCUGCCUCUAUUCGUUCUCCUAAGCCUUUAGCUAUCGGCAAAGGUGAAACAGAACGUGCUUUAUUGGCCCGUUUGAAAGAAAUGGCAUCCAAAAACAAGGUCAACCGUUCCUACAUCGGUCAAGGUUAUACUGACACAGUUGUUCCAAAUGUCAUUUUGCGUAACAUUUUGGAAAACCCUGCUUGGUACACUCAGUAUACACCCUAUCAACCUGAAAUUGCUCAAGGCCGUCUCGAAUCUUUGUUGAACUAUCAAACAAUGGUCAGUGAUUUAACUGGUUUACCCAUUGCUAAUGCUUCACUUUUGGAUGAGGGUACUGCUGCUGCUGAAGCCAUGUUGAUGGCAUGGCAAGCUGCUCGUCGUAAGAAAAAUUUAUUCGUUGUCGAUGAAAAUUGUCACCCUCAAACUAUCUCCUGUUUGAAGACUCGUGCUGAAUCUUUCAACAUUGAAGUCGUUGUUGCCGACACAUUCAACUACAAUUUCCAAGAAAAUAAGAAGAAUCUUUGCGGUGUUUUGUUACAGUAUCCCGAUACCCGCGGUUCUGUUAAAGAUUAUGAAGCAUUGACAGCUAGUGUUCAUGCUGCUGGUGGUCAAGUCGCCGUUGCUACUGAUUUGAUGGCUUUGACCUUAUUGAAGGCUCCUGGAGAAUUUGGCGCUGAUAUUGCUUUAGGUAACUCUCAACGCUUCGGUGUCCCUAUGGGUUUCGGUGGUCCCCAUGCCGCCUUCUUUGCUUGUAAGGAUGAGCACAAGCGUAGAAUGCCCGGCCGUUUGAUCGGUGUUUCUAAGGAUGCUGAUGGUAACAAUGCUUACCGUCUUGCUCUCCAAACAAGAGAACAACACAUUCGUCGUGAAAAGGCUACUAGUAACAUUUGUACCGCUCAAGCUUUAUUAGCUAACAUGGCUGCCAUGUACGCUGUCUAUCACGGUCCUGAAGGUAUCAAGGCUAUCGCCCAACGUAUCAAUAACUUGACUGCUGUCUUGGCUGAAGGUGUUCGCAAGGCCGGUUAUACUAUUGAGAACGACGGCAAUUUCUUCGACACCCUUUCUAUCAAGGUCGGUAACUCAUCUUCUAUCCUUCAAAAGGCUGCUUCUGCUGGUAUCAACCUUCGUGCCAUUGACAAUGGUACCGUUGGUGUCACUUUGGACGAAGCUGUCACUGAAAGUGAAUUAGUCAAGUUGCUCGAAGUCUUCCAAAAGGAUGGUGCUCCUUCCGUCAAUGUCGAAGAGAUCUCAGCUGCCCUUGACAAGAAUGCUUCCACUUAUCCUACUGCUCUUCAACGUACUUCUCCCUAUUUGGAGCACCCCGUUUUCAAUGCUUACCACUCCGAAACUGAAAUGCUUCGAUACAUUCAUCACCUCGAAAGCAAGGAUCUUUCUUUAGUUCACUCCAUGAUUGCUCUUGGUAGCUGUACCAUGAAGUUGAAUGCUACUACUGAAAUGAUUCCAGUCACAUGGCCUGAGUUCUCCAACAUUCAUCCUUUCGCUCCUGUUGAACAAACUGAAGGCUACCUUGCUAUGCUCGACGAACUUGCUGAUGAUUUGAAGGAAAUCACUGGUUUCUCCGGUGUGUCUCUCCAACCUAACUCUGGUGCUCAAGGUGAAUAUGCUGGUCUUCGUGUCAUUCGUGCCUACCAUCAUGCUCGCGGCGAUACCCAACGUAACGUCUGCUUGAUUCCUAUUUCUGCUCACGGUACCAACCCUGCUUCCGCUGCUAUGUCCGGCAUGGAUGUUGUCAUCAUCAACUGUGAUAACGAAGGCAAUUUGGAUAUGGCUGAUUUGAAGGCCAAGGCUGAAAAGCAUAAGGAUCGCUUGGCUGCUAUUAUGAUUACUUAUCCUUCCACCUUUGGUAUGUUUGAAACUGGUGUUGCUGAAGCCUGUAAGGUUAUUCACGAGAAUGGUGGUCUCGUCUACAUGGAUGGCGCCAACUUGAAUGCUCAAAUUGGUUUGACCAAGCCCGCUGAAAUUGGUGCUGAUGUCUGCCACAUGAACUUGCACAAGACCUUCUGUAUUCCUCACGGUGGUGGUGGUCCAGGUAUGGGUCCCAUUGCUUGUACUGAAGCACUCAAGCCUUACCUCCCUGGCCAUCCUACCGUUACUUGCGGCGGUCAAAAUGCCAUUGGUCCCGUCUCUGCUGCCCCUUACGGUUCUGCUUCCAUCCUUCCUAUUUCAUGGGCUUACAUCAAGAUGAUGGGCGGUGAAGGUCUUACACAAUCUACCAAGCUUGCCAUUUUGAACGCUAACUACAUGGCCAACCGUCUUAGGGAUCAUUACGAAAUUUUAUAUACCAACGAAAAUGGCAUGUGUGGUCAUGAAUUCAUUGUAGAUAUCAGACCUUUCGGUGAUCAUGGUAUUGAAGCCAUUGAUAUUGCUAAGCGUCUGCAAGAUUACGGUUUCCACAGUCCUACUAUGUCUUGGCCCGUGACGAACACUCUCAUGAUCGAACCUACUGAAUCUGAAAGCAAGGCUGAAUUAGAUCGUUUCUGUGAUGCUAUGAUUGCUAUUAGAAAGGAAAUUCAACAAGUCGUCGAUGGUAAACUUCCUAAGGGUGACAACAUGCUUAACCGCGCUCCUCAUUCCCUUAAGACAUUGAUGGCUGAUAAGUGGGACCGUCCUUACACCCGUGAAGUGGCUGCCUUCCCCAUGCCUUAUCUCCGCGAGAAGAAAUUCUGGCCAUCCGUUUCUCGCGUCGAUGAUGCCUAUGGUGAUCGUAACUUGAUGUGUACUUGUCCUUCUCCUGAAGAAUAUAUGUAAAGCUUACUAUAUUUAGAUCUUUAUUUCUGUUGAAUUCCAUCAAUCCAUCAUAUUAUACUUUUUGUAAAAUAGACUUUUU